CAUUUGAGGUUCCUUAGAAGUUCCUCUGGAAUGGCUCUUCGCUAGCAAAGUGGGAGAAACUAACACUACGGUGAAAGUGGUGGUAUUAUUUUCAUUAUAGUGUAGGAGUUACUAAAGGAUUAGUUUCGGAGCACCCAAUCCACUUUAUUCCAUUACAAUGCAACAAUUUGGUGCUUCCAAGACCUAAUACAAAUAUAAACUAAGAAAGCAGUAAAAUGGUGUGCCUAAUUUGGCAUGAGAAUUUUGCCAACGCGAAAGUGAUAAGCGUUUAGAAAAUUGAAUUGAACUUUAAAUGCAUCUUUUGAGGGUGUGUUCUUCCCGUUCAUCUUUUUCUUUUUUCCCUUCGUUUAAAAUCCACAUCUACUUUUGCACCCACAAUAGGAAAGCAUAUUGGAAAUUCUCAAAAGGCAAAACUAUAAGAAAUUCCAUAUACCCGUUGAUGGCCUCGGUCCAAGUGUUAAAGCAAAUUGCUUUUCUCUUUUGUUGAAGCACGCUCAACAUUGUCAUAGGCUCAUAGCCAUCAUCAAAUUGACAUUCCUGUUUAUGCAUCUUUGUUUUGUAUUACUUUAAACACCUCAAAAAAAAAAAAUCAAUACCUCAACCUCUCUCCCAAGUCCUACCAUUGUCAUCAUUUUGUGAUACUUCAUAUGGAUUCGGCCAACCAAAGAGCGGUUACUCCUGGUAAGAGCAGAUUGGUGCGCACUUUUGCCAAGGUUCUGCACAUUCAAGCUGGAACUGGGGUUGCUCCAAUUGAUGGAAUUCAGAAAGCCAAGUUCCAUGAAAAUGUCAAGCAUGAGGACUUGAUUAAUGGCAGGCCUCAUUGUUUUGACGAUGACAACCUUCGGAAAAGAGCAGCUGUGGAAGGCUUUCUUGCCAGCAUGUUUGCCAGCAUUUCAGCCGUCAAAGCAGCGUAUGCUCAGUUGCAGUUUUCUCAGAUACCUUAUGAUGCUAGUGGGAUUCAAUCAGCUGAUCAGAGGGUGGUCUCAGAAUUGAAGAAUUUAUCCGAAAUGAAACAGUGUUACAUGAAGAAACAGUUUAAUGAAUCUUCUCCCGAAACUACACAGUUUUUGGCUGAAGUUCAGGAGCAGAGGAGUCUUCUAAUAACAUGUCAAAUUAUGGGGAAGAAGCUGGAUUAUGAGCUUCAGCUAAAGAACUCAGAGAUUACCUUUCUUGAAGAGAAGUUGGUUGAAGCCAAUGGAGAGAACAAGUUGUUAGACAAAAGAUUGAAUUUAAGUCGGCAUUUAUCAGUUCUUGACAAUCUUCAUCUGUCAGGCUUGAGGCCCUCCCAUUUUGUUACAGUUCUUGGGCACACAAUUAAGUCUAUUAGGACCUUUGUGAGGUUGAUGAUCAUUGAUAUGGAAUCAUCUGGAUGGGAUCUUGAUGCCGCGGUUAGUUCAAUCCAACCCGGUAUUGGUUACUUGAACACAAACCACAGAUGUUAUGCAUUUGAGUCCUUUGUUUGCCGCGAAAUGUUUGAUGGUUUCAAUUGUCCAAACUUCUAUCUUCCAAAUGAGUCUUUUCCUGAGCAGAAGAAACAUCAAAGGCUCUUCUUUGACAGAUUCAAGGAAUUGAAAUCCAUGAAACCAAAAGAAUAUAUAGCUCUGAAUCCCAUAUCAGCAUUUGCAAAAUUUUGCUAUAUCAAGUACUUGCGACUUGUUCAUCCCAAGAUGGAAUUAUUUCUUUCUGGGAAUUUGAAUCAGCGAAAUUUAGUGAGUUCUGGUGAAUACCCAGAAACUAAAUUCUUCACCAAAUUUGCUCAAAUGGCAAAGAGUGUUUGGCUCUUACACCGUUUGGCCUUCUCAUUUGAGCCUGAGGUCUCAACAUUUCAAGUGAGGAGGGGGGGUCUGUUUUCAGAAGUGUACAUGAAAAGUGUGAACAACGAAGCAUUAUUGUCAUCUGACAGCACAUCAGAAUCUGACCCACGAGUGGCCUUCACGGUGGUUCCGGGAUUCAGGAUUGGUAUAACUGUUAUACAGUGUCAGGUGUAUCUCUCCUGAUCUUAAACUCUGGUAAGCCAAUUAUCUGCCAUUGGACAGGGUUGAAUCAUUCUGUAUAUGAGGACCCAAAACAUCAAAGAUAAACUGGAGGUCAUAAUAAAUGGUAAUUCUUUUGAAUUAUAGGAACAUGAGAGACGUGGCUUCCAGUUGCUAAGCUUCUUGGGAGGAUACAACUUCAUCACCUGGGCUUCUUGUCUCCUGCUUUGCGGCUAUAAUUGUUGAACUGUAUCAUAUAAAAAAUCUCCCUAUGAUAAGGGUUUAAACAGUUCUAUCACGUGCACCAUUUGUAUCAUUGAAAUUGUUUAUCCAUACAUUUCAAUGCAAUCACUUCAUUA